CGGGGUUCUUUGAACGGUCUGUCUUUCUGGCGAAUCAUGCAUCCAGCAUCCGGGAGCGCGGCACAAACCAAAAAUGUCGCAUGCGCGGUUUCAUCAAGCAAUAUUGCAUCUUGGCCUACGCAGCUGCACACGUUCCCAGGGCAAUCUGGCUUGCUCCAUCCUUCCCGCCCUGGCAACGGUUGCCGUUAAAAUUACAUCACCAGAGUAUGAAACGCGACCCGUACAAGAGAUUGAGGCUCCACGCCUUGGAAGCGCAUCGAAAGUCCUGUUCCUGAACGCUGAGGUGAGACUAGACGGCGCCAAUGUCGGAAGGUUUUAGGCCAAGAGGAGAGAUCGGUUAUACAAUUGAGAGAUCGGUUACACAAGUGGCGCGCACGACCUCCAUUGCGUCGUGAUGUGGCGCGCGGACAAGUCGCC